UCCUCCAUCCCUCUCCCGGAACCAAAACUAGCUCGCCCCCAAAAUCUCCUCUCCCCCUCUCCCUCUCUCCAUCGUCCACGGGCUUCCCUGCGCCAACAGCGAGCUCAAUUGGAACGGCAAUACAAGGAACGAUCCAGCGCGUGGUCGCGAGGUGUUUCUUCGACGCCCUACACCUAUGCUGUGGGAUGGAGGAAGCCACCGCCACCGCUGCUAGCAUGCAAGAAGGCAGCAGCCGCCGCCCCUCCACGCCGCUGCUCGAGGGCUCCGACGACGGCGACGUCGAAUACACGGCAUCGGAGAUCGCCGACCGCUUCGUCCAAGUCAUCGACGGGAAGGCCCCCAUAGACUCCGUCAAGGGCGCCGUCGGCAAGUUCGGCGGCAUCCUCGACUGGAAAGAGAGGCGGCGGCAGGUUGAGGAGGAGCUGGACAAGGUGCAGGGGGAGGCGGCGGAGUACCAGCGGCGGUCGCAGGAGGCGGAGGCCGGCAAGGCGGAGGCGGUGCAGGAGCUCAUGGGCGCCACGGGGGAGAUCGACGACCUGUGGCUCAGCGUCAAGCGCGCGCAGAUCGCGGAGGCGCAGGCGCGCAAGGACGCGGAGCUCGCCAAGCUUCGGCUGCGCAAGACGGAGAAGGGCGCCCGCGAGCGCGCCGCCGCCAGGAGCGAGCUCGACGCCGUCCGGGACCGCCACGCCGCCGCCCUCGCCGACCUCCGCUCCGUGCGCGCCGAGCUCGACGCGCUGCGCCAGGAGCGGGACGCCGACGCGGCGAGGACCCGGGCGAAGGAGACGACCGGCGAGGCGGCGGAGGCCGGACAGGCCGUGCGGGGCGCCGCCGCCGAGCUCGCCGCGCUGAGGGAGGAGCUGGACGCCGCGCGCGCAGCCCAUGACGCGGCGGAGGAGAGGAGGAUGCGGGCGGCGAUGGCGUGGCAGGAGGAUAAGGUGCAGUGGCAGACGGAGCUGGAGCAGGGCGAGAUGGAGGCCAGGAGGCUGAGGGAUGAGCUGGUCGCGGCCGGCGACCUCGAGGCUAAGGUCGCCGCGGCUUCCGAUCUGCUCGCGAGCCUCCGAGCCGAGCUGUUCGCGCGCGCCGUCCAAGGAGCCUCGGAGACUGCGGCGCCGGGAGUGAUGGGGAAGACGAAGGAGGAAGUCGAGGAGGUGAAGGCGAGCUUGGAGAAGGCCAAGGACGAGGCCAGGAUCCUUCGCGUGGCGGCCGCGUCUCUUCGCGCCGACCUGGAGAAGGAGAAGGCAGAGCUCGCCGCGCUGCGAAAGAACAAAGAGACGGCCACGGCCAGCUCGUCGUCUCCGGCGUCGCUGGAGGAGGAGCUGGGCCGGGUGACCGCGGAGCUCGCCGCGGCGCAGGCGACAGCGGGGGAGAGCGAGACGACGGCCGAACAGCUCAGCGAGGCGGGGCGAGAAGUGGAGCAGGCGAAGGCGCGCGCCAAGGCGGCGCAGGAGGAGGUCGCCGGAGCCAGGGAAGACGCGCGCGUGGCCAGGGCGGCGGUCCAGACCGUGGAGGCGCGGCUGGAGGCCGUGAAGCGGGAGAUCCUCGCGGCGGCCGCGGCGGCGGAGGCCGCCACGGCCUCGGCGGACGCGCUGCAGCAUCAGAACCAGCAGCAGCCGGAGGAAAGCCAAGGCAACGGCGGCGUGGUGGCGCUGGCGGCGGAGGAGUACGAGGAGCUGAGCCGGCGGGCGAGGGAGACGGAAGAGACCGCCGGGAAGCGGGUGAGCGAGGCGGUGAGGCAGAUCCAGGAGGCCAAGGACGCGGAGGUGCGGAGCCUGGAGCACCUGGCGCUGGUCGCGAGGCAGAGCGAGCAGAGGAGGCAGGCGCUGCUCGCAGCAACAGUGGAGGCGGAGGAGGCGGAGUCCGGCAAGGCCGCGGCAGAGCAGGAGCUGAGGCGGUGGCAGGCCAACCACCGGCGCUCCGAGACGGCGUCGCCGCGCGCGGGGCUCGCUGAGAUCUCCACCUUCGACAACCGCGGCGGGAGCAACCCGCACAUACUGAGCCCGAGGGGAGGGUACAUGCAUGGGCCGAGGUCGGCCGACAUGACGCCCGCGGCGUUGGCGGCGGCGGAGGACGCCGACGCGAGGCAGAAGAAGAACUUCUUCCCCCGGAUGGUCAUGUUCCUGGCCAGGAAGAGAGCUCAGACCUGGAACGGGAAGUGAUCGUCGGCUGUCUUUGCUUUUUGUACAGUCUCCAAGUGACGAACUUAACUUGUGACACAUGAGUGUAAUGUAUCGAUCAAAACACAACGAGGUGAAUCAUGAAAUUUUUGGCUCCCCA